AGCUCCAGGUCCAUCAUGAGUUGCCCGUCCUCCGGUCAGCAGGGUGUUUACCCACAAACCCCUCAGCAGUGGCCCGGUCAGCCCUGUCCACCCUGCUGGUCCUGCCAACCCGCUCAGCCCAACUGGCCGGUUAACCAGCCCGGCGCAUCGGCCCCCGUGACCUGGCCGGUCCAACCCACCCAACCAGGCUGGCCCAACCCUCCAGUGAUCCAACCAAUCCAACCAACUCAACCAAUCCAACCAAUUCAACCAAUCCAACCAACUCAACCAAUCCAACCAAUUCAACCAAUCCAACCAACUCAACCAAUUCAACCAAUCCAACCAACUCAACCAAUCCAACCAAUUCAACCAAUCCAACCAACUCAACCAACUCAACCAAUCCAACCAACCCAGCCCAUCCCUCCGGUCCAGCCGAGCUGGCCCGCUCAACUCCCCUCUCCGCCGGGUUACCUGCCGUCUCCAUCAGCUCCGGCGUGGCACGGUAAUCCCGGUCAGCCCGGGUGGCCCGGUCAGGGGCCCGCAGGAGGAGCCCCGCAGCAGUGGCCCCCAGCGCCUGCCAUCGCUCCUGUAGUGGUUCCUUUCAACAUGAACUUUCCCCGCGGCAUCUACGACAAACUGAUGCUGACCAUCAGAGGACAGAUUAAACCAGACGCCAAGAUGUUCACGAUCAACUUCCUGCGGGGGAACGACAUCGCGCUCCACAUCAACCCGCGCUUCAGCGAGGCAGGGAAGCCGGUUCUGGUCCGCAAUCACAAGCUGGGAGAGCGCUGGGGGAAGGAGGAGCGGGAUCUUCUCACGCCCUUCCCCUUCAUGCCCGGACAUCACUUCGAGAUGAAGAUCCUCUGCACCUUCAGCGAGUUCAAGGUGUCCAUCAACAACACGCCGGCCUUCGACUUCCAGCACCGCAUCAAAGAGGUCAACCAGAUCGACCGCAUCAACAUCCUGCACGACGUCACGCUCACGUCCGUCAACGUGGACACGCUCCCAUGAGCCUCAGCCAGAAAACAAGAGGACUGCUGCUCCACGCUUCAGAAUAAAACUCGCUAGCUACGUUUCCAUCGAUCGAAACUGGAAUAUUGCAUCAAACAUUUUGAACGAAGCACCGCUUCCCUCAGAGAGAAAUACUUAGCUGUGAACCAGACCGUUCGGCCAGAAGUCACCUGACUCUUUUGAUGCACACUAAAGAGUUGAUUCAGUAAAUGAGUUGUAGAUAACGCACAUGGUUUCUGAUUGGAUAAAUUCACAUUUUGGCAAAUUUUUAUGCAAUAUUCAAAAAUAUGAUGGAAACAUAGCUACUGACUUCACACACAAAUGUAUUUAUUUUUUACUUAAACAAAAAAACUACUUUUAACACCUUUUUAUACUUUGUGUGUGUGUGUGUGUGUGUGUGUGGGUUUUGUGAAAAAUGCCCUAUAAAAAGUAUUAUUUUCUCUUUAUGUUAUAUUGUUACCAAAUAUUGGAUUCAAGCUUUUUUCCACCAAUCAGCACGUGUUAUUUCAGAGUGUAUGGAUCGUAUGGAUCUUUUGUUCAUUUAAGAUCAUCAUGUCAUAGUGUGUGUGUGUGUGUGUGUGUGUGUGUGUGUGUGUGUGUGUGUGUGUGUGUGUGUGUGUGUGUGAGAGAGUGUGUGAUUACGGUACAGUGUGAUUCAUCACUAAUACAUGAAUAACUCUACUAAUGUUGAGCGUGAACUGAAGUAUUAAAGCCGAUGUAAAAGAAUCAUAAAUGUCAUCUACAUUUUAUAUUUAGAUCAUGUUUUAGUUUAUUGUGUAAGAAAUCAAGUCGAACAAUCACUGAUCAUAAAUAAAUAAAUAAAAACAUAAAUAAGAAGUUGAUGUCAUUAAUUAAAUCAAGACAAAACACUAAGAUGAAAUACUGCUGAUUACAAACAGAUGAAUAAAACAUUAAAAGCAAUUAAAAACUCAAAUAAUCUGUUAAAAAUAAUAAAUAUUAACAUCCUCAAGAAUAAAUGAUACGAGUCAGAAACACCUCAGAUCAUAAACUACUUCAAACCGCUAAAGAUACUAAAAUAUUCAAAUAUGUGUGUGUGUGUGUGUGAUACACCUAAAAUUAUAAAAUAUUAUUACACACACACACACACACACACACACACACACACACUCU